UUUUGUGUACAAACCUUGAGAGAUACCGUUCGUCGACUUCUCAUAUAACACUCAAACGCUGAAUGGAUCCUCGAUCGAACGCAAGUAUCGGAGUCGAAAGUGUUAAUUGUGAAAAAGUUUCAAGUGCUUUAAUAUAUUAAUUACGCCGAUUACGCACAUUCAGUAAGCAGCAGUAUGUCACGAAUGAUUAAUAAACGUGAUAUAAAUAACACCCGUAAACGUGCUACUAUAGCUACUUUGUACACGAGCACGCCCACGAGCAUACCAAAUACAUCUAUGAAAUCUUGUAAUAUAUCCUUAUCUGGGAUCGAUACAGCUUCUUCUUCAAGUGGAGACAGACCAAAUUUACAUCAGCUACAAGAGCGUAAAAGACAUACGAAGGGAAAGAAAAGAGAAGACACGAAAUGGAGAAUGAAAGACUCUGAUAGCAAAUUAGAAGCCAAACAGAAACAUCAGUUAAUCGACAAAUCUUUAAAUGUGAAGCGAAAGAAAAACCUAACGAGCGAGAAAAAAGCCAUAAAAAAAAAGAGAAUAUUAGAAGAUACGGAUAAUGAAUGGGAAACCGAAACGGAAAAGUCAAUUAACGAAUCCUUAAUAGGUUCGCGAGGAUCCAUCGACGAUGAGUGCAUAAAACUAUUUCAAGAUCCUCCGUGUACACCGGAGAAAAUUCGAGACCGGCCAAUUGCAUAUGAAGAAAAUCUUCAUAACUACGAAUCACCGAUUAUAUGUUCCCACAGAAAAAAAAGAUCGCAUCUAAUUUCAAAAAAGAAUGAUAUUAUACUGCAAGAUACACUGCUGCCGGUAAAUUCACUAACAACGGAAGUACAAAGUUUAGAAGAGACAGGCGAAGAUGAAACAAUAUUCCAAAACAAUGCACAAACACAUGUUUCAUUACGGAAUCCAGAAAAAAUCUCGAAACAAAAACCUGAAAACUUUAGUCCUUAUCUACAAUUGCGUCGGGAUCAAUCUGUCAAAACAUAUCCUGGGAAAAAAUUUCGGCAUUCAGUAUCUUCAUUGUGGUCACCAAUUAACGAUUUUUACCGAAAACACCCUAACUUGCUUUCUAAUCUUCCUAGGAAGACAGAAAGUAUUUCGAUUCCUCCAGGAAUGAUAUGCGUUAAGGGAUAUUGGGACAAAACUUUACGAAAAUGGAUAAGGUAUGAAGAAAGUUCUUCUCAGAAUAAAAAUGGCAAAUGCAAAACAAAGAUUAACAAAAGAAACACGAAAAAAGUCACACGGAAACAAAAAUAUAAUGUAUAUGAUACGACUAAAGACGAAACAGACCACGAGUUCGAAACCGGUGGUCAAGAUGGUAAGCGAAUGACUUUUCGUGAAUUUUGUCGCAAACAAAAAGAGGUUAUAGUCAUAUCUUCCUCGGAUACGGAUAUGUAGGAAGGUUAAACGAUCCAUUUGUUUGUAGUUGUUUAUAUAUUUGUGUAUACAUUUAAUUGGUAUACAUAUAUACAAUCUUGCAAAUUUAUU